AUGCCAAUUGUGAAUAUUCCAAUAAAAAUCCUUGGACAGCCACACAGCCAUAGUCGAAGCAAUUCAUCGUCGUCGGUGGAUCAGAAUCCGCAAGGAUCUCAACAACAGCAUCAGCAGCAACAACCAGCACCAAACAUGCAGAGGGACAAUUUUCCGGCAUUCUCCAGAAGUCCGAUUCCAUCGGACUUUGGCGAUUUUGGAUCAUCGUCAUUUCAAAAUGAUGGCGAUUGGGCGAAAUUCCCGAAUUUCCCGCGAGGAUUUGGCGAUUUUCCAAGUUUCGGUCGUCUCUCGCCGUUUCCACGCGAUGAUAUGAAUGGUUCACGGCAGAGUUUUCGUCGCAGCCCGACGCCCAACAUGGAAUCGCCGUUUUCGACGCUACGACGAAAUUCGGCGUCGAAUCCGCAACAACAAAACCAACACCACCAGCAACAACCACAGCCACAACAAAAUCCACAACCCGCCCAAGGACAUCAAUCGAGAAAACCGAGUCCCUCGCAUAACAAUAACGCUCCACAGAGUCGGCCGUCUUCAAAAGCUUCUAGAGAGCGAAAGGAAGUCGAAGUACCUGAGAGACCUGCAGUUAUUCCGCUUCCAUAUCCCGCUGAAAGCAAGAAGCCUGAAAAAAAUGCCGAUGACGAAUCGAACAUUGAAGAGAAUAUCGCGAAAAUAACGUUGGGCGAAUCAAACAAUGCGCGCGAGGCUGAUGAUAUUCCGUCGCCUUUAACGUCGCCGUUGGAGGGAAAGCCGAAACGCGGCAAGAAACUUCAGCGCAAUCAGAGUGUCGUCGAUUUCAACGCGAAAACCAUCGCUUCGCUCGACAAAAUUGAAGUCGACGUUGAAGCGAUUCGCAAAAAAGCGGCCGAGCUUGAACUUGAGAAGGAUCAGAUUUUGAAAACUCUUCGAGAGAUCAGCAUGCACAGCCAAAUGUUGAGACUCGCCGAAUGUGAUCGCGAAGAGAUUGAAGCCAUUACCGAGCGCUUAACAAAACGAACCGAGACGGUGAAGGUUGCCGUGGAGACGCCGCGAAAUGAAGAGCAGAAAUGUGCUCUAGAACGAGUGAAUAAAAUGAUGGACAGUUUGAUUACUAUGAUGAAAGAAAAUGUUGAGAAGGCAAAGCUGUGCCUUCAAACGUAUUUGAAUGCUUGCUCAAGUGAAGAAACCACUGGUUCUGUUUGCCAGAAUUUCCUUAAAAAUAUUAUUCAAUGCGCUGCCGAUGAUCAAAAGCAAAUCAAACGACGCUUAGAAGGCCUUGUGAAACAAAUUGAAGACGCUGAAAAGACAACCGCUGAAUUAAUUGAAGACGAGAGUGAAUAG